UUUAGACACGGCGCAGCUCGCGCGACGCCAGCGCCCCCACCCACCACUCUUAUCUGUCAAUUGUCAAUAACAAACUUUGGUAAAUUCGCACAAAUAAGCCACAUUUUCGUCGCCGCCACCUCAUGGAGGAGUUCGAGUGGACCGUCGUCAACGAGGGCCAGCUGCUCGAGUCCAUGGUCGGCCACAAGCCCGUCGGCGUAAACAAGUACUUCCAAAUGGCUUUCAUCUGUGAUAAAUUCGCCGAAAACUUCCAAAAAGAAGUAAGUUCCGACAGAGUGUGGGCCCACCUCGAAACCAUGUACAAUCUCGAAGCGCUCGACGAGAGCGAAUCCAUCCCGUUCCCCAACAGCGAAAAGGAGUUCGCUUUGCCCGAAUCCGAGUUCGGGGCGCUCUUGGCCAAAAAAGACGAGGACAAGAAGUCGCUGCAGAAGGGGCGCGAGACCCCGAAGAAAGAAGUAAAGAAGGAGGAGAAGACUCUGGUGCGGAAGGAGGUGCCGCGGCGGGAUAGUAAAGACAGUAAAGAGAAGGCGCCCACGAGUGCGAAAAAAGAGCUAAAAAAAGAGCCGGAAAAGAGUAAGAGUAAAGGUAAGAGUAGUAAUAGCACUCCGAAGGAGGAAAACAAGGCGAAAAAAGACGAUACGCCGAAACCUGCGAAAAGGCCGACGCGGGGGAGUCUCAAACCAGACGAUUCGAGUUCUAGUGGGAAGUCUAGUCCGGUUACGGUCACACCGCCGGCUGCGAAAAGGCGGCGUAUUUAAAUAUAUUUUAUUAUUAAAUUAAGUAUAUUUAAAAAGUGCCUAAAUAAAAAUAAAGUAAAGACGGUAAAAAGCGAUCAUCUUUCCAGUCGACAGAAAAAUGCGUGCUUAGAUUCGCUCGUUCCGCUACGGAAAUAUUUUUCGUAAAAAUCUAGGACUACUGACUCGACUUUGAAGCCGAACUUUUGGUACAAAAACAGGGCCGGGUUGUUGAUGGAUACGUGCAAGGUGAUGUCUUUGCCAAGACUAGUCUACAAUGAAAUAAAAUCACUCAUUACUGUAA